UUACAUCUUCGGUAGCAAGGACAAACCUCGUUUGUUUUUAAGUGGACAACUGAACAACAGCUCUAUCUACCGUUUCGAGCGCACGAGGCAAGGAGAUUCAAGCAGCAUGAGCUAUUCUGAUUUUAUCAAGCUAGCGAGGGCGCUUUACGAGGACGAGGUGCGGAGAAGGCCUCGGCCGAACGCCUGCAUGCAACGCUCGCAAAGUGAAUCCUGAUUUUUGUCAGGACUACGAUGUCGAUCCAAGGGAUCUUAUGAUGACGAUGGCGUCACUUACAUCGACCUCUAUGACCCAGUCGACACAGGUCGACAGCUUCGUGGCCCAGGCCCAGGCCCUUGCCCAGGCCCUUGAAGCUCAGGCCCGACUCUCCAAGGCAUCAGCUGCGGCACAACGCCUCAGGCAGGUCUUCCCACCGAUCAGCGCUGGCGACCCACACCGCACACUCAAGAUGAUGCACCUGGACCUCACGCCCGGUGGGGACAAGAGCUACGUGCGCCACUUCAACGGGGAGCUGCGGCCGCUGACGGCACAGGGCGUGUCCAAUGCGGAGCCGCAGGCCGCCAACCACCUCAUUCACAAGCUGCUGGUGCAGUGCCCAGUCCUCAAGGUUGACCGGUUCCACAAGGGCGGCAGCUUCGGGCGCCGCACCCUCGUGCGCGGGGCCUUUGAUGUCGACCUGUCUGUGUUUGUGAUUAAGUUCCAGGAGCGGGCGCUCAAGGUUGCCGACUGGAGCGGCGAGGCGGGGGAGCGGCUGCAGCGCGAGAUGCAGCGGGUGGUGGCGGCGUACCUGCGGGGACAGGGGCUGCACGACGUGGUGGAGGUGGAGCACGGCACGCACUACAAGCACUGUGUCAACGUGAGUGGCACACGCACGGAAGACUUUUGACGUGGCGUUUGCCGAUUUAUUUGCCCUGCCGGGCCUUGUGUAUGUGGGACAGUUGGUGGCGGCGCAUGACCAGUUAGAGGCCGUGCGUGCUGCCCACACCCGCCCGGGUGGGUGGGGCACCAGGUUUGGUGAGGCGAUGUUGGACUUGUACUUGACGAGCGUGUGGCGGCCUGUGCUUGGAUGGGGACCUCGGCGGCACCUGCCGUCGCCGCUCCUGGGGCCGGCGUCGCCCCUGGCGGCGGCGGACCGCAUAGCCGCGGCGGUGGCCUUGCUCCCAGGUGGCUGGGAGGCCGCGGCGCGUGCGGCUCGACUGGCUCGCGGGCGGGCGUGGGUCAUGCCGCUUCCUGCGGAUGCCGUGCGACAGGCGGCGGCGGGGGCCUUGACCCAGGUGGUGCGGGGACUGGGCUGUGUCCUGGACGGGGGCCCGCCUCUGCUGCUGUUGAACUACUCCGUGAAGGCAGGAACGACCAUGCAACUGGGCCCCCAGGUUGCGGCGCUGCGGUCUAAACAUUUGUUGUAUGUGCGUGAUGCUGGUGUGUCUGCGGACGGCGCGCUUGCGGCUGCCGGCGCCUUUGCCGGCACUCUGGCCCGUUUGUGGGCGUUAAAAUGGGAAAAUUAUCACAAGGAAGCGUUGUGGCGGGUGGCGGCCAAUGCGUGCUGGUCGUUCCCCAAAAAUGCCGCCCAGCGUGCAGCUGGGGUGGCAAUGCCCCUGUGCCGGGCGUGUGGGCGGGAUAUGUGUGAUGGGGACCGCCGGCACUACUUUUGGGACUGUGUUGUUGCUCGGGCGCUGCGGGAGAACAUGGCUAUGGCAAUGACACGGCUGAUGACUGUUUCUCCCGUGCUGACCUUUGGCUGGUGCAGCCGCCUGCUGGGCUGGCGCCGCCGGUGUGGGAUGUAGUGUGUUUGGCUGCGCUGUCUGCCCUUGACUCGGGCCGGCAGCAGGUGAUUAUGACUGGCUUGCGUGUGCGUCGGGCUCUGACGUCGGCGGAAGUCAUGCGCAUCAGUGUGUCCGUUAUUGCUGAUUUCUGGGGCCGGCUGCAAUCGUAUGUCAGUCUCGGCCUCCGCCCGAAAGCCUGGGCCACGGUGCCUGCGCACCAUCCGUUCCUUUCGCGGGGUGCGGGUGACUGUGUGCUGCUCGUGUUGCCUGAUGAUGUGGGCUCCCCGCCCCCCUCGCCUUAAUUUGCUCGUGGGUGGUGGGAGCGGUGUGCCUCUGGUGUGUGCGCUGUGGGUGUGGGGGGUCGACGUGGGCGUCGCCGGACUACGUGCCCGGUGUACCUGCGCUGACGCCUCGCCGGUUUGAUUGCGCCUCGUGCGCUAGUGCGGUUUGCUGUACGUUGGUGGGGCUCU